AUGGUCAACGAAGCAGAUAUUUUAAAGGCAAUUAGUGAUCUGAAAGCGCAAAAGAAGCCUCAGUAUGCUAAGAUUGCCAGGAAAUACAAUGUUGAUCGUACAACGCUGAUGCGGCGAUAUAAAGGCCAGACGCCGCUUGACGUCGGAAUCUUUUCAUCUCUCGCAAGUGCAUAUUCGUAUGGGAUUGACCAAGUAAUCCAAUCAAGUUUUGGAUUCUUAAGGGUGACAAAGCAGGUGUUUUGGCGGUUAUUUCGCGCGGCGUGGCAAUCAGCUUUAAGCUUUCAAAAUAUUCGAUCAGCCUUUGCUUCACCAGCAAUUCGCCGUACGAUUAGGGCUAUUCAACAAGAAGGAGAUCUUACACAAGCCACAAAGCUUGUGAUGAAAGCAGCACAGAAACUGAUCAUACAAAAUGAAAUUCUUGAACACCAAUAUAAAGGCCUAGUUAAUGCGUUAGUUAAUGAGAAGAAUCGCCAAAGACGAGGCAGGCCUUUAGGUCUUAUUGAUAAAGAGAACCCUGGUGAAGCCCAGUUCUUCUCGCCGAGCAAAAAAGAUCAGGAUAAGAUUAAUGCAGUAAUUCUUCAUACGCAAAAAGUACUUGAGCGCGAAAGGAGAGAUCGAGAGAACCAAGAAAAGCAAGAAAGCCGGAUCCAGGGCAGUGAGGAGGUUUUUUUCAAAGAAACAGAAAAUAGAGGUGACUUGUUCGGGCCGAGAAAUUAA